UACAGCUAUUUCAAACAAAAUUAAUUAUUAUAUAAAUAUUUUUUAAGUUUUUAAUUUUUUUUUUUAUAAGUGUUUUUUGUUUAGCAAUUUUUAUCUUUAAAUAAAUCAUCGAAAAAUUUAAAAUGAGAUCCAUAGUUUUAAGAAAUCAUUUAAAGAAACGUUUAUUUCAAAAUGGAAUUAAUGCUUUUGCAGUAAAUAACGUUAGAAAAAGUCAUUCUGUUCAAGGACAUGGUCCAUUAUCAAUUUUAAGUGAAGAUGAACAAUUUUUUAAAGAAACAGUGCGAAAGUUUUCUCAGGAUCAAAUAGGACCAUUGGUAAAAAAAAUGGACCAAGAACAUAAAAUAGAUGAUAAUCUCGUGAAAAAAUUAUUUGAAAAUGGUUUCAUGGCAAUCGAAAUAGAUCAAGAAUACGGAGGAUCAGGUUCUUCUUUUAUGUCUAGUAUAUUAACUGUUGAGGAAAUAUCAAAAGUUGAUCCAUCAGUUUCAGUCUUAGUUGACUUACAGAAUACUUUAGGUAACAAUGUUAUUUUGAAAGUUGGUAAUAAAGAGCAAAAAGAAAAAUAUCUCCCUCGCUUGGCUCAGAAUACGGUUAGUAGUUUUUGUUUGUCUGAACCCUCUUCUGGUUCAGAUGCGUUUGCUUUAAAAACCACAGCAAAAAAAGAUGGAGAUCAUUACUUUAUAAAUGGAACAAAAAUGUGGAUUUCAAAUUCUGAUAUUGCAGGGAUUUUCUAUGUUUUUGCCAAUGCUGAUCCUUCUAAGGGACAUAAAGGGUUAUCUUGUUUUAUUGUGGAGAGGGAUCAAGAAGGAUUUACUGUUGCUAAGAAAGAAGAUAAGUUGGGUAUGAAAGCAUCCGGUACGUGUGUACUUCAUUUUGAUAAUGUCAAAGUUCAUAAAGAUAACAUACUUGGAAAAUUAGGUGAUGGAUACAAAAUAGCUAUGACAUAUUUAAAUGAAGGUCGUAUAGGAAUUGGCGCACAAAUGGUUGGUAUAGCACAAGGAAGUUUAGAUCACACGAUUCCGUAUACCUUAGAGAGAAAACAAUUCGGAACUAGUAUUUUCGAUUUUCAAUCAAUGCAACAUCAAAUAGCUAGGGCAUUUACAGAAGUAGAAACUGCUAGAUUGCUAGUUUACAAUACAGCGAGAUUAGUUGAGGCUGGUUUACCAUUUGUUAAAGAGGCAGCUCAAGCCAAAUAUUAUGCUUCAGAAGUUGCAGGUAAAGUUACGUCAGAAUGUAUUAACUGGAUGGGUGGUGUUGGUUUCACUACAGAUUUUCCACAAGAGAAGUUCUACAGAGAUUGUAAAGUUGGUCCAAUUUAUGAAGGAACAACUAACAUUCAAUUAAAUACUAUUGCAAAAUUUAUUAAAAAAGAAUAUGAACAAUAAUAUUUAUUUAUUAUAAAUUAUUUAAUAAUCAUUUCAAUUUGUGAAACAUUUAUGUAUAAAUAUUUAUACUUGUUGUUUUUGAAAAGAUAAACAUUCAAACUUUGUUAUAAAUUCAAUUUCUUCAUUGUUA